UCGAAUCCCUCAGCCCUCAGAUCUGGGAGCCAGAGACAGGAAAGAGCCCUCCUUUGAAGCAGAAUGGUUUCCUGUAGGUCCAAAUCCUGUGCCUGCCAGGCUCUGGCUGUGGACUUCCCGCCACAUGACUCUGCCCUUUGAGUGCAAGUGUCCUCUUCAUACAUGAUCACGCUUCUUUGGAAAUGUGGAGUGUCUGGGUGUCCGGACCUGGCACACAGUGGGAGCUCAAUAAACAUGGCAGCGGAGGAGGAGGAAGAGAUGGACCCCCCGGACUCGGCCUCGAGGGUCUUCUGCAGCCGCAUCCUGAGCAUGGUGAAUGCGGACGACGUCAAUGCCAUCAUCCUGGCCCAGAAGAACAUGCUGGACCGCUUUGAGAAGACCAACGAGAUGCUGCUGAACUUCAACAACCUGUCAAGCGCCCGCCUGCAGCAGAUGACUGAGCGCUUCCUGCACCACACGAGGACGCUGGUGGAGAUGAAGCGGGACCUGGACAGCAUCUUCCGCAGGAUCAGGACACUGAAAGGGAAGCUGGCCAGGCAGCACCCAGAAGCCUUCAGCCACAUCCCGGAGGCCUCCCUCCUGGAGGACGAGGAUGAGGACCACAUCCCGCCCAGCACCACAACCACCAUUGCCACCUCGGAACAGAGCACGGGCUCGUGUGACACUAGCCCUGACACCGUCUCGCCCUCCCUCAGCCCCGGCUUCGAGGACCUGUCCCACGUCCGGCCCGGCUCCCCUGCCAUCAAUGGCCGCAGCCAGACGGACGACGAGGAGAUGCUGGGCGAGUAACCCUGCUCCCCAGCGCUCCCAAGGUGUCUGAGGCGGCAGCGCACACCCUGCCUCAAGAUUGACAGCUUUGCCGCGCUGUCCAUUAUCCAGGGCUCCGGGGGACAGGCUCCCUCCCGGGGGUGUGCAAGUCCUCGAAGUCUAUGAUUCUCACUUGUCCCUCACUGAGAACAUCUCUGCAGACCCCUCUGCCGGGCCAGGGGGCAGUGAGCCCAGCUGAAGUCAUUGGGCUGGGCGCAAGGGGGCUUUUCCAGAGCCAGGCCUGAGGUCUGCUCUGACCAAAACUCAAGGUUCCCAGAGGCCAGAGCCAGAUGGCCCCUGCCCCAGCACCCUGGGCAGGGCCUCCUCAAGGCAGACAAGCACUGUCAUGUCUGAGUUCGCCUCAGCCCACCCCACACCCACUAAUUCUGGUCUCCCUGCCCCUCUGUCCAAUCAAAGUAUUGAUGAAAGCAUCUCAAGGCGGAUUCUGAGACAGCUGUGGAAGGCUCAAGACAGAGGCUGGCCGCCUACUCAGCCCCCAGCCAGCCUGAUAAGGCCUGUGUUUCUCUGACCAGAGGUGUGCACGCUGAGGGCCCAGCAGGCCUCUCCCAGGGUCUCUGUGGAGCAAGCCAAGCCACCUUGGAAAACAGAAUUUAAACGGAAUAUUUUUGUACCCGAUGUUUACAGAUGCUGUUGGGAAGUUAUCAAUAAAAAGACUCCAUUACUAAAAAGGGAAAGAUGCACCUAGCAGUAUAUUUCUUCCAUUCUUGGGCCUAGCAGCCCAGAAGGGGGACAAAUACUGUAUGUGGGACAGGAUGGGGUGCAGCCAGCCAGGCACAACUAGACUAGGGAGAGAUGUGGCUGCUCUUGGUGGGAGUCUCUGGUGGUGGCAGCCAUAAUAACCCUAGUUCCUGUCACCACCUAGACCCUCGCACGUGCUGUUCCCACUCCUCCCAACACUAUUCCCUGACCUCCUUGAAUAACUCUUUCUCCAGGUCUCAGUCCCAGGGUAGGCUCCUCACGGAGCUACACUGGUCCCAUCCACAGAGUCCCCUCACCUUUGAAGCACUUAGAAAUUGUUAUUAAAGGCAUCUGUCCACACCCGAAAGUGUCUACUUUUGCCUGGUCCAUAGGGGGCGCAGGGAAGUGUUUAAGGAAAUAAAGAGAGACGCUGCCAAACCCACA